AAAAUAGUAGCCAACAGUUACUGAAGAGACUCGAGUCAUAGCAGACGUCUAACGAAAAAGUGCCAUACGAGUCUAACUUGUUUCAUAGUGUAAAGUUGUGCAAAAUUGUGCUUAAAAUGGAUCUCAAUGGGAAAAAUGUGAUAUACGCAGGUGGUUUUGGUGGUAUUGGUCAAGCUUGCGUCAAAGAAUUGCUCGAAAAAGGUGUACAGAAUCUAGCUAUACUUGAUCUAACGGAAAAUAAAGAACUUUUGGAAGCUUUGCAAAAAUCAUACCCCGCAACUAUAAUUCAUUUCAUACAAUUCGAUGUUUCGAAAAAAGAGCGCAUAACAGCGGCUUUCAAAGAAGCUGUGGCUAAAAUGCAACACUUUGAUGUUCUAGUCAACGGUUGCGGCAUAAUGACGGAUGAACAUGUUGACCUCACAGUCGAAAUCAAUUUGUUGGGUGUUAUCCAUAGCACACUUACUGCCUUGCCAUAUAUGGAUAAAUCUGCUGGUGGACGUGGUGGUAUCAUCGUGAAUGUCUCCUCUGUCGCCGGCUUGGAGGCAACCGGUUUGUUUGCUAUUUAUUCGGCUACAAAACAUGGUGUUACUGCCUUCACGCGCUGCAUGGCGGAUAAAAUAUAUUUUGAUCGUUUUGGCGUUAGUUUCAUUACCAUAUGCCCUGGCAUUACUGAUACUAAUAUUUUUAGAAAUGCUCACAAAAAGGUGACCUUUGAGUUCGCCCAAGAGCCUGCUAAAAUUUUCUACAAGGCAAAGUUGCAAACCGCAGAAAUUUGUGCGAAAAAUAUGAUAAAAGUUAUGGAGACGUGUAAGAAUGGUGGAGCCUACAUUCUCGAUAUAGGUAACAUUGAGGAGGUUACAUUUCCGGAGCUGUGGAAGCCAUCUUUUGAAUCGUCUUGAGGAACUAUUCAAGUUAAUAAAAAAUAAUGUACUGUCCAUGUGAAGUGUCUAUGUAAAUGUGUAAAUAUGUAAAUAUAUAAAUAUGUAAAUAAUAGGGUGUCUGGGUGAGAACAAUAUGAAAGGAAAUUUAAAUAAAACAACGAAACGAAGCUAAUUACGCUUC